GAAAUGCAUAUAUUCAUAGAUAUUCUUCUUUGGGAAGAUGAAGAUGCCAUUUCCAGCCUACGGAGUAGUGAGGCAGCAACCAUUUUUAAAAUUAAGCUGUGUGACAUCCCAAAACUAAUAAAAGUAAAAUCCACAGUAUAUGAACUAAGAGGUGUUUUGGCAUUUCAACGCUCUAAAAGUUCAUUGAGAAAUUCGGUUGGACACUAUACAACAUACGCAAAAAGGGGAUCUAAAAAUUGGGAACUGUAUGAUGACCUCAAGAAAAUUCCUGUCCAAGUAAAAGAACAAACGAUAGUACCAGUUGAAUUUUUAUUUUAUUCAGUUUAAAAACUAAUUAGAUUUAAG